UCAAGAUUGUGUGAGGUUGGUCAUCCAGUUUCCAUGGUCACUCAUCCCGAAUCCAAACUCCUUUUCCUUUUCCUUUUCCUGCUUUACUUCUGUUCAUUCAAAAUUAUGAUUAAUUAAGAAAGUAAUGCACUCUCACAAAACUAUCUUCGAUCUUGUCUAUAAAACCACGCUCCAUUUGUGUUGCGUUUCAUUACCAAUCCAAACCCAUCUCCUCCAAAAAACAAAAAAUGGGCUUGCUCUUCUUUCUGGCUCUUUUAUUUGGAGCCUCUUGUGCCCAACUCACCGAGAACUUCUACGACCAAACUUGUCCUCGUCUCCCUAACAUUGUCCGCCAAGAGGUCAAGAGGGCUAUUGAAACCGACAUCCGUGCCGGGGCUAAGCUUAUCCGCUUCCAUUUCCAUGACUGCUUCGUCCAAGGCUGCGAUGGCUCUGUUUUGCUGGAGGAUGCUCCCGGCAUCGACAGUGAACUCAACGGACAAGGAAAUUUAGGAAUCCAAGGACUCGAGAUUGUCGACGCCAUCAAAGCCGCCGUUGAAAGCGAAUGUCCCGGCGUCGUAUCUUGCGCCGACGUCCUAGCUCUGGCCGCUAAACAAUCUGUGGACGUGCAAGGCGGGCCCAGCUGGAGAGUUUUAUUCGGAAGAAGAGAUAGCAGAACAGCCAAUAGAACAGGGGCCGACGAACUCCCAAGUCCGUUCGAAACUCUUGAGCCACUCAAAAAGAAGUUCGAAGCCGUAGGGCUGGAUUCCACUGAUCUUGUUGCUCUAUCUGGGGCGCAUACGUUCGGUCGGUCGAGAUGCAUGUUCUUCAGCGGGCGUUUCUCGAACUUCAAUGGAACUGGGCAGCCAGAUCCGACACUGGACCCAGCCUACAGGCAGGAGCUGGAGAGAGGUUGUACAGAUGGAGAGACGCGAGUGAAUUUCGAUCCAACCACACCGGACACAUUUGACAAAAACUACUACACCAACCUUCAAGCCAAUCGAGGGCUUCUAACGAGUGACCAAGUGCUGUUCUCCACUCCUGGCGCCGACACAAUUGAAAUUGUGAACCGUCUUGGGUCCCGGGAAGGAACCUUCUUUAGACAAUUUCGGGUGUCCAUGAUAAAGAUGGGAAACAUUAGGCCCUUAACUGGAAACCAAGGGGAAAUCAGAAGAAACUGCAGGAGGGUGAAUGAGUUGGGAGGUGAAGCAGGGCAUGAUGUUAUGUAAUUUUACGCCUCUUGCUUGUGUGCCACAAUAAAUUCAGAACUUCCUUGGUUGUUUUUGAAGGUUCUGGAUAUAAUAUUUUCCAGUGCGUGCUUAGAGCUAGGAUAGGAUUGGAUUGGAUUGGACGCAGGAAUUUCCCACAAAAUAUCAGUAAUUAUGAGGUUCAUCCCAGUUGGAGACCCCAACUGAUUUCACAUUUUAA